CAAGGUGAGCCAACCAUGACUGGCAAAACACAGACCAGCAAUGUCACCAAUAAGAAUGACCCCAAGUCCAUCAACUCGCGUGUUUUCAUUGGCAAUCUAAAUACAGCCAUUGUCAAGAAAGUUGACAUUGAAGCCAUUUUCUCAAAGUAUGGAAAAAUAGUUGGCUGCUCAGUUCACAAAGGUUAUGCAUUUGUACAGUACAUGAGUGAGCGGCACGCAAGAGCUGCAGUGGCUGGAGAAAAUUCCAGGAUCAUCGCAGGCCAACCGCUUGAUAUCAACAUGGCAGGAGAACCCAAACCAUACAGACCAAAACUUGGAAAUAAGAGGCCCCUUUCUGCACUUUAUAGACUUGAGGCAAAGGAGCCUUUCCUGUCUGUUGGUGGUUAUGUCUUUGACUAUGAUUACUACAGAGAUGAUUUCUACAGUAGGUUAUUUGAUUACCAUGGGCGUGUGCCUCCACCUCCCCGCGCAGUAAUUCCACUGAAGCGUCCCAGAGUGGCUGUAACAACUCGCAGGGGAAAAGGAGCCUUUUCCAUGAAAGGGGGAUCAAAAUCUACUGUCAGUGGAUCUUCUUCAUCAGGCUCUAAAUUGAAAUCAGAUGAAUUACAGACAAUCAAGAAAGAAUUAACCCAGAUCAAAACUAAAAUUGACUCCUUGCUAGGGCGCCUGGAGAAGAUUGAGAAGCAGCAGAAGGCAGAGGCAGAAGCUCAGAAGAAGAAAUUGGAAGAGAGUAUAGAGCUGAUCCAAGAUGAAUGUGUGUCAGAGAAUGCAGAUCACUCUACAGAGGAGCCUGCUGAAGGAGGGCCAGAUGCCGAUGGAGAAGAAAUGACUGAUGGGAUAGAGGAGGACUUCGAUGAAGAUGGGGGUCAUGAGCUGGUAGGAACUAAACAUUUGGUGUCCACACCCCUUUGGUAA